UCGCUCCCGACUCUGCUGUUGCCGGGCCAGUAAAUAGUGAUUCAGAUCGCAUGUAACAGGCUGCAGUCCACGACUCAUUUUUUCCGACGACUUCAGGCAGCAGAGGAGCGUCGCAGCGCUCACAGACUGCUUCAUCGCUGGGGUUUUCUUUGCAAGCCACUUCAGAGAUGCUCCAGGGGGCAGUGAGCAGGACGGGGUUCUGCCUGUCCUGCUGCCUCCUGUUGGGGGUCUGCUUCCCAGCAGAUGGUGCAGGACCCCUUCCCACGUUUCCCCCUGAACAAGAGUCAGGGGAACCAGACCUCGAGGACUGGGAGUGGGGUUCUGGAUCAUCUCUCCUGCACCUGCUCCACAGCUUCCCCGCCGACAGCCCCUUCGUGACGGAGACCCCUGGUAAACCCGUCAACUGCACCCAGCGCUUCUGGUUACCACCAUCCUCUGCGAUCUGCUGGGAAAACAUAGCCGGACCCGAGGAGUUCGCCAAGUCCCGCUUGCUUGUUCUGCAGAACAGGGCCGCCCUGCAGGCCGUGUCCACUUCCAGCGGCGUGGAGGAGGGAGGGAUCUCCUACGAACACCAAGCCAGAGAGGAGGUCCAGGGGAUCCGCUCAGACCACCUGAGUGUGGUAGAAACUAUGGAGACCAUGGAGAAGGUGUUUGUCUCACUGGCAGAGAAGAGGAGAGAGGGGAAGGAGCAUGAUGUCCUCACAAGUAUGAAGGAGCAUCUCGCCAGCACGAGUGACACCAUCGAUGCCAGAGAGCACAUGGCGAACCACCUGGAGAAGCAGUUUUCUACUUUAGAGCAGACUCUGCUCAACAUGCAGCUUCGACUCAUCAAACUCAUCCAACAGUGACAGUGUCCCUGGACCCCGCUGCCUCUCCUUCUCCUUCCCUUAUGUGAACUGUAUUUAUGUAGUCACAUAUUCUACGACAAUGUAGUAAAAGCAUGCAUGCUCAGGAUUAUGCACCUUAUUAUGUCAUUAACAUACCUACAGAAGCAAAACAUGUAACCUGGAAUUUGCACAGAUAAAUAAACCUCACAUUAUCCAGUA